CCGUGCCCUCGACCUUCGCCGGCGCCGCCAAGCGGCCCCGCCCACCGAAGCACGCGCCUCCUCCGGUUCGCCGAUUCCUCUUGUUACGCAACCGAGAUGUCGGAAUACAAGAACGUCGUCGGGGGGAGGCUCAAGCUGAAGGGGAAGCCGCUGGAUGUCAAGGACGGCGCGGUCAAGAAGAAGAAGAAGAAGCACCGCCGUGAGGAGUCGUCGCAAGUCGAGCAUGGCCAGCAGUACGAAGGUGGAAGCUCUGAAUUGCCUGGUGACCCUGAAUUGAGUGAAGCUGGCAAGAUGGGAGAGGAAGGGGAUCCACAAGGCGAUUAUGAUCACCUCACUCCAGCUGAACGUCGUUACAUUGAACAGAAGCAGAAGAUUGAUGUGCACAAGCUGGCAAAGGUAGCUGACAAGUCGCACAGGGAUCGCAUCCAGGACUUCAACCAGUACCUGGCGAAUCUUAGUGAGCACUACGAUAUCCCAAAGGUCGGCCCUGGUUAAUAAGCAAGAAAGUUUGGGUUCACUUGAAUGUUCUUUGUGCUGGACUUAUCU